AUGGCUAAAUUAAAUUCCUUAAAUACUGCUGAUCGGAUGACUCACUUACGUGCGAUAAAAAAUAGUGUUCAAUCAGCUAAGAAGGUCAUAGAAAAUCAAGAUUUCCACAUAGAUAUUGAUAAAACAUUUGAUGUAGGAGUCGAAGAAAUUGCCAAUUCUUUAAACGACUUUUUACAAAGCGAUAAAUUUAAAACUGGCAUGAUAUCUUGGAAACUAGAAGAUAUUCCAAUUCGGGGACGAGUUACUAAUAUCACAGACGUUGCCUACAAUUUAUUUUUGGAUCGAUUUGAGCGUCUAUUAACGUUCUGGGAAAAAGAAUGUAUCCCACUUAAGUACUUUUCUGAAAAAAUAAGAGAAUGUAUGAAUUUAUAUUACGAUUACAUUUUACGGGAAUUGAAGAACUUCGAUAAUGUAUUCAAAUUGGAUGACCACGAAUUGAGCGAUGAUUAUGAUUUCCAUAUGACUUCUUCGCCAUUUAGAGAAAAGAGAUCAUGGCGAAACAUUUUCUCGCUUGUAGGGUUAACCUCUGCUGGAAUUUCUGCAAUUAUUGCUAAAAUAUCUGACGUGAUAUGGUCUAAAAAUAGAAUUAAAAGACAAAAGCUGAAAGUUUUACAUAUAUUACAACAUUGGACGCCUAAACUUGUUACAGAAUUAGCCGACGUAGAUGAAAAUAAAAUGGCUUGGGCUUAUGCUGAGCCAAUUAGAAAGUCAAUUAAGAGCAAACAAAAGCAAAUACUUCAGGGUUUAGAGAAAAAGGAAGAUUUCGCUAUGGAAGUUACUAAAAGAAAUCCUCAAUCAAAUGAUUCUGUAGUUCGUAAGAUUGAAGAUAUUGAGAAACUUACGGUAGAGAUAGAUAAUGUCCGCGCAAGUUAUACCAAAAAUACUUGA